UCCCUCCUCACUGAUUCAUUUAGAGUGUCAGUUGGGGAAAAAGCUGUUAGGUGUCAUCGUACAGUUACAAACAAAAAAAAUAGCUGUCUUCACGUUCAACAAUUUUCAGGGACAUGGAGGUGUGCGGUACGCAUGAUUGAAUCCGUCUUCAGGAGAUGGUCUUAUUUUCAGGUUGGGUCUUAUUUUCGGGGAACCACGCUACAGCUCCAGCUCAGCCCUUCCUGUGUGUCACAUGGUCAGACAAAUUUACAGAAAUGCAGGACACAGUCACACGUCCCCGCUCUUGACUAAGGUGCGGCACUUCAGAGAGCCUAUCGUGUGUGAUGUCACCGCAGCAGACGUGUGAUGUCACUGCAUCGGACGACUGUUUGCAGACGAGCACGUGAUCAUGUAAGAAAACUUGAAACGCUAACCGGACACCUGUUCGUCGAGCUCCUGACAAGUUUUUACCCUCCGCCUGUGUAUCCCCCCUAACCCCUCGUUCCACUGUAGAGGAUCGUCGCGACAUUUGACCCUAAUGCGGAAGACUAUCAUCAUCUUUCACCACACUCCACGUCAACUGUCUGCGCAGGGGCUGACAAUGCCGUCACAUGACCUGCUUGUCGCCGCCUGCAUCUUGACUCUCGCCCUCGUGACGUCAGCAUGUCCCAGCUCAGGCGCCACCGCAGAUCUGCGGUCGAUGUUGAUUGGCAGAUGCCUGGAGUUCUCCACCUUCGUCAACCCUGCAGCAGUGUGUGACGUCACGCCUAGCAGACCGAACUGCUCGGCAAUGGCGGAUCUCUUCAUCUCGGCGUUCGCUUUUCAAGAUGUUUGCAACAUCAGUGUCAGUCGCUACGACAAGUUCCUGGAGGCGACAAGCUACCCGCUUCCCCCAGACAAGAGCCUGUUUUGGGGAGGUGUUAACGCCUUUGUGCACCAGUACAGUGAGGCAGGCGCACGAAUGGUCACGCUGGAAGACACGUUGACAGGGUACAUGAUCAACCUCUUGAGCUUCUGUUCUGCACCCGAUGAGCCGGACGGGAUCGCAGGACCCGACACAAAGUGCCCCGGCCUUAAUGACAGCGCCACCUGCCCCUCCAGUGCCCUCAUUAGUUUCUGGACCGCAGCGUCUCUAAACUUUGCAUCCAGAGCCAGGGGCACGAUCUCCAUCAUGCUCAACGCCAGCAGAGUCGCUUUCCGCCAAGACUCGAUUCUCAGUCGCUACGAACUUCCAAACAUCAUGGCGAACAAUGUCACGGAAGCCAAUAUUCUGCUUGUCCACGCUCCCGGCGACGAGAUCACAGAAACGUGUCAAGGGCCCAGCAUCGCAAAUCUGACGAGAAGAUUGGCCGCUAAGAAUAUUACUGCUACCUGCCGAGAAAACCCGAGAGAAAUUCUGUGGCUCUUGUGUUCGGACAACCCCACGGUGAAGGAGUGUGACAACGCAGGUAGCGUGAGGACGACGUCUCCACUCCUUGUGUGUGUCAUGACCAUGGUUGUCGGUGUAGUUCAACUCUUUUAGUUCAGCGACUUGGCUGCUCCUCCCUCUACCAUCACUGCCACUACCAUCAAUCCUACUACACCGCCGAUACCACAACUACUACUCCCCUCAUAUCUGCUACCACCAUCGUCACCACCCAACACCACUACGACUGUUUCGUCGCCAUUUUGUGUAAAGAAUGCUAAUCACGCAACCAACAUCACUUGAUUGUUUAUGGCCUCGUAAUGUAAAACGUGUACCGAGGAAAAUGUGAUCCUUGAUAACGCGUAUCGAUGAAAGGGUAAAGGAAACCUUUGUCUGUUGUCUAUGAACAUGUAUUGUACUACCAAUGGUCAGCUACACCAACUCUCCCGACUGUUACAAUGUUCACACUAACUCUCGAAUCACAAUUGUUACUUACUUUUCCACACUUCAAAUUAGUUGCUUACAGCUACCUAUUACUCGUAAGUGUGAAUGUUAAUUUGUCAUUCUCGCUAAGUUGUUUGAAAACGAGAUUAGACAGAGAGGUCAAAUUCUUGCAGCGGAAAAUAUUCUUUCUUGAUGAGUGCAAUAUUUAAUGACACUACUUCACCAACUAUCAAGUAUUUGUCCUCAUUUGUUCUUUGUUUUAUUUUUUUAGUCAUGACUGAUAUAACUCAAUGAAAUUGUUUCGCUAAGGUAUUUGUUAAUAUUGUUAGUAUUCAUUAAAACCUUAUUGUUUA